UUCGUGCCAUCCCCCGUAACGUUCCUCCAUACCGUGGAUGCGCGCAUCAAACAGAUCUGGCUGGUAGCCAUGUACCUGCUCAUCGCCCGUGCCUCCCCGGCCGUCCGGCUCGCCAUCGCCGGCACCGUGGCUGCCAUCACGGCAGCCAACUUCCCGCCGAGGCUAUGGCAGUCGCAGCUGCGGCGACUGGGCCUGCUGUGCGCCUUCCUCUUCCUCACCACGCUGCUGCUGGCGGACGGAAUGCCGGCGGUGUUGCAGACCCGCGCCCCGCCUGUGUCCCUGGAGGGUCUUCCCGCCAUCCCGGACACCGGCUACCAGUACGUGCUGCUGCACGUGGGGCCCAUCACCGUCACCCACCGCUCCUUCAACCUCGCGAUCACCGCCUCGUCACUCACGUUCUCUGCGCUGCAGACCGCCAGCCUGUGCCUGGUCACCACACCGGGGGAGGAAAUGGCCGUAGCACUGCGGUGGUGGCUGUCCCCUCUGCGGGUCCUGCGAGUGCCGGUGGAAGAGAUCGCCAUGACGCUGCUGCUGUCGCUGCGUUUCAUGUCGCUUGUGUUUGAGGAGGUCAGGAACCUCAGCCUGGGGUUGGCAGCUCGCGGCAUUAACUGGGAUGCUCAAGGCAGCAGUGGAAGCCUUAACAUCGCGGGGCGAUUAUGCGUUCGCCUGUUUGGCAAUCUAUUCCAGCGCAGCGAAAAUAUUGCGCAGGCAAUGGUUGUGCGCGGCUUCCAAGGCCCUCAACGGCACAAUUUGUACAUGAUGAAGGUGAACCCUACCUCGGUCAUCGCGAACGUGUGCGCAAUCAUGGUACUUCUCUGUUUCAGUGUAAUUAUUUACUUCUUCAAGUGA